AUGCCACCCCCGCUGCAGGAGUUUGAGGAUGAUGAGAGCGAACUGCAGGAUACUCUGGCCCACCAGGUUGUCAGUGGUGCUCGUGAUGCACAGGGCAUUCCCUGGAGCGCCACUCCCUACACCCGUGCCGAUUACAGGCAAGUCCGGCAGAGCCAGCACCGCACUUACUUCAACCGUGAGGUGGAGGUGGCGACCGCCAAGUCUCGGCUGGCCAUGGAGGCUGUCAAGGUCUCCACAUCGAACACGAACAUGUUUAUGUUCCACCGGAACUGGCGGCGCCUGCACUCCACGAUCGUGCACUUCCAGUUGCGGAACCUGCUGUGGUGCCCCACAACCACCGACAUGUAUGCCGUGCAUGAGAAUCGGGUCCUCACCUACAGCACCGCCACGCGGGUGCUGCGCACAGUGAUGGACAUUGGCGGGGGCAUCGCGGCACCUGGAGCGCCGGGCAUCGGGGCCGCCCAGGUUUGCACGCUCUGUGUCAAGCACGGCAUGGCGGCGGCGGGGGGCUUUGGCGGCGAGCUCGUCGUCAAAAGGCUGGAAUCCCUGGAGACCUUCACCUACAGCAAGAGGGUGACAGACAAUGAAAACGGCAUCACCAAUGCAAUAGAGAUCGCGCCCUCACCCUCAGGGCAGGUGAGUGUCAUCUGUAGCAACAACGACAACAGGGUGCGCUGCCUGGAUGCAAAGACCUUUCAGUCUGUCAGCACGCAUGUCAUGCCUUGGGCGGUGAACACCACUGUGGCGCAGCCCGGCGGCCGCCUGUUGUGCUCGGUGGGCGACGACCCAGGGGCGCUCAUAUUUGAUCCAGGAGUGGGGCCCUCUCGGCCGGCCGUGAAGCUGGCAGAUGGGCACGUGGACUUUUCCUUUGCGGCUGCCUGGCAUCCUGGCGGCAACUGUGUGGCCACAGGGAACCAGGACUGCACCACUCGGGUGUAUGACAUUCGGGCUCCCGGCAAGUGCCUCGCCCUCCUGCUCUCCAACGUGGGGGCGGUGAGGAGCCUGCGCUUUUCAGACUGCGGCAACUUCCUGGCAGCCGCCGAACCUGCAGAUUUCGUCACCAUCUUUGACGUCACAACCAGCUACAAGCGGGCCCAGGUCAUUGAUCUCUUUGGCGAGCUGGCGGGCGUCGCAUUCUGCCCCGGCAGCGACUGCCUGAACAUUGCAGUGGCCGACCCACACUACUCCUCUGUCCUGCAGUACAACAAAAUGCGUAUGUCCUACUUGUACCCCCUGUGUGAAUGA